UUGACCUUUCUUUGAAAGGUCAACGCUAGGCAUUUCGAGUUUUCAGGGGCUCCAGACGCCCAGUCGACAACACAUUGGCUCUCGUCUCCUGUCCUCAGACAGCCCGAGUAUUGCUAAAGCGAUAUGCGUGCUCGCUGUUCUUGUCCAUCGAUCCAUCGCUCAUGAUAUGAAACUAUCCUCUGGCCAACGGCUAUGGGUGUACAGAGGACUCUCAGCACGUCUUCCCUGGUUUUUCAUUAUUUCUGUCAGGGCAUUUGUCCCACCUGGCGCUUUUGUCGUUGUCGUAGUCAACGCCGGUUCCAGCUUGACGGCGCUUAUACAUUCUAUUUCGUUCUGUCGGCGAUGUUUAUUUGUUAUCGCCAGCUCGCAAGACUGAUGGUGUUCGGGAACGAAAAUGGUCCAAGCAUUCUCAUGAUGGCGGUCAGCGUCAUGCUGAUAUUUAUAGGCGAUUUUCUCCACCGAUGUUCAUUGAUGAACAUGCUGGGAAUUAUUCAUUCUUAUGUCCUUGCAGGUGUCCACGCCAUUUUUGUACGUUCGCGAGGGGGUAGAGAUCUUACUUCUACCAUAUCCUUUAUACUACACUUUGUGAUGCUGUUGUCACAAAGAACAGCGUGGGCCUUAGGCAGCUGGGUUCAAUGUGAUCAAAGCAGCUAAUCAUUGGGGCGUUGAUGGAGCAUUUCGCAAAGUCUUUAAUAUGGUCUCGAUGGCUGGAAUCUUGCCAAUGUGUAUUAACGCUUAUCUUUCUGGAACCACCCGUCGCACUGCGCUUGUAACCACCAUGUGGAAGGAAGCGGGUUGACAUCAAACGAAAUCACGUCUUUGGAAUAGGUCGUACUCCAUCGCCAAGAUUGUGAAUACGUUUUCGGACCCCAGGUG